AUGGCGCAUAUUGGUGGAUCAAAAAGCUUUGCUUGUCAUGUUAAUGAGAAGAUUAGGGUACUUGAUAUUGGAAUAGGGCAUCAACAAAUUACAAAUCCUCAAGCAAAACAUAUUUUCCUUACAAAAAUGGCCACCUCCCAUCAUGAUGCUAUUCAAACUCUAGUUCAUAAGAUAAAUGAAACGAUACUCAGUCGAGUUAUCGAUAACCCUAGCUUAACUAUCACUCCUUCUGCUUACGACACAGCAUGGGUAGCCAUGAUUGGUGACCGGAAAGAUAAACAAGAGAAACCGUUGUUUAGUAGUUGUUUGGAGUGGAUUCUUAACAACCAAAAGCCAGAAGGGUUUUGGGGAGAAAGAGAUUAUCAUGGAAAUCCCACCAUUGAUUCUCUUCCUACAACCUUGGCCUGUAUGGUUGCAUUAAAGACAUGGAACUUGGGCUCUGACCACAUUGAGAGAGGAAUGGCAUUCAUAAAUACAAACUCAACGAGACUUCUUAAGCUCCAAGACGUCCACAACGUUUUCCCUCAAAGGUUUGCUAUGGUUUUUCCAAGUAUGGUCGAACUUGCACGAUGCACCGAUCUCCAAGUCAUCUUUGACGAGGAGGUGAAAGAAGUUGUUGCUCGUGUUUUGCGCCAACAACAAGAGAUACUCACAUCGGAAGAAGUGGUGGACAGCGAUCGCUAUCCUCCUUUGCUAUCAUGCUUAGAAGUGUUGCCUCCGACUUUUCCGGUCGGUGAUGCAACUCUACUCAGUAAAUUAAGUGGCGACGGUUCAUUGUUCCGGUCACCCUCAGCCACUGCGGCUGCAUUUAUGGCCACCCGAAAUUCACAAAUGUUGCCCUACCUCCAUCACCUUGUGCAAAACUUUAAUGGUGGAGUUCCCUCCAUGUAUCCUAUCGACGACGAUGACGAGGACUACAUUCCGAUCAACAUGGUCGAUCAAUUGCAAAGACUUGGUCUGUCGAAGCUUUUCCCUAAUCAAAUCAAUUGCAUGUUAGAAAACAUCCUAAGGGAAUACAAUGCACAUAAACCAUCAGAAUUAUGUGGUUUAAUACCAGCAGAUAUUUACAAGAGCUCCUUAGCCUUUCAACUCCUUCGGCUACAUGGAUAUAAAGUUUCUGCAAGAAAGUUUUGUUGGUUCCUAAAUGAUGCAAAUGCUAUGAAAUAUAUUGAAGAGAAUUACAAAAAGUUUGCAACCGCAAUUUACAGCCUUUAUAGAGCAACAUAUCUUAUGUUUGAAUCGGAAGAAGAACUGCAUGAAUUGAGAUCAUUUACAAGAAAAUUGCUAGUUAAAUCUACCUCCACUCAAAAUGUAGAUGAUGGUAUCAUAUUGUGUCCGCAUCUUCAAGAAAAGAUUAAGUGUGAACUAGCUGUUCCUUGGCUGGCUAGAAUGGAUCAUUUGGAGCACAGGAAUCGGAUUGAAUUAGCUAACCAAGGGAAGCCAAUUUGGUUAGGAAAAUCUUCAAAAUUUCGAUUAUCAUGUCUAGAUGAUGAGGAUUUGCUUCAACUUGCAACUCACGACUUCGAGUUUCGACAACAAGUUUAUCAGAAAGAAUUGGAAGAGCUCAUUAGGUGGUCCAAGAUUUAUGGUCUAAUGGAUAUGGGGUUUGCUCGAGAGAAAACGAGUUAUUGCUAUUUUGCCGUUGCUUCGGCUUCUUCCCUUCCCUAUGAUUCUGAUGUUCGAGUAAUUGCGGCAAAGAGUGCCGUGCUUGUAACCGUUUUCGAUGACUAUUUCGACAUGGAAGGAUCACUUGAUGAAUUGCAAAUCCUUGCAAACGCGGUGAAAAGAUGGGAUAAUAAAGGCUUACAUAGUCAUAGCAGGAUCCUCUUUGAUGCGCUCGAUAAUUUUGUGAGUGAAAUAGCAAACAAGUACUUUGAUCAAUAUGGACUCGACAUAAUUGAGAAUAUUCGGAAAUUAUGGUAUGAAGUAGUUGGUUCAUGGCUAACUGAAGCAAGAUGGAGCAAAACAGGGCACAUUCCGUCGAUGGCUUCCUACUUGGAAACUGGGAUGAUAUCAAUAGCUGCACACUUGAUGGUUCUUCAAGCUUCUUGUUUCGUGACGCCGAGCUUAUCCCCUCACAAACUUAAUCCUUCUAAGUAUCAUGACAUUACUAAACUCCUCAUGAUAUCCUGCCGUUUAUUGAAUGACUUACAAAGCUACGAGAGAGAGGCUAAGGAUGGCAAGAUCAACUCAGUAUAUCUAUACAUGAGAGAAAAUCCGGAAGCUAAUAUGGAAGAUGCAAUUGGUUAUGUCGAAAACAUACUCGAAAAAACCAAAAUGAAGUUGCUAGAACUUGCAUUGAUAGAUGGAAACGAUGCUGAAGAAUUGCCAAAACCUUGCAAGAUGUUACACUUAGCGGCACUUAAAGUGUUUCAAAUGUUCUUCAACUCGAUGAACCAUUUUGACUCAAAGGAUUCCCUUUUGAAUGACAUCAACAAGGCAAUUUUUACUCCAUUGGAACCUCGAACAAUUCAUCCUCGACCAAAGAAACCGCGUUUAGUGAUCAAUUCGUGUAACAAAAUAAACAUGAUGAUGAGGUACCACAGAACAUCGAAGCCAAUUAAACCUUAUUAUCGAGGUUAUUGUACGUCUUCUCCUAUAUCGGCUGGAAGUCAUCUAAUACCGUUGAUCAAGGUUUAUUCAUCAAAAGUAUAACUUUUUCGUCACCCGUUGAACCUGGAAAAUGAAAAUACAAAUAAAAAUAAAAUUGAGCAUCGUAAUAACGUAGAAAUGUAUAAACCUAGCAUCUUUAAACUUUGCGUGUCCUUGGAAACUUCAAACUUGUACGUUGUGCUUUAUACUAAGAUGUGAAGUACCAAAUGUAUCGUACUUUAUACUAAGAUAUAAAUUACGAAAUGUAUCGAUGAUGCUAUAAAAGUAAACAAAUAAAUAUACUAUUAUUACAAAAUA